UGUGUGUCAUUGCAGAUACGGAAGUUCUUUGCUUUGGCACCAGUUGGUUCUGUCGCUCACAUUAAGGGAAUGCUGAAGUUUUUAGCCGACGAUUUCAGUUUGGAACUUGACGUAUACUACGACAUGUUCGGAGCUGGCAAAUUUCUGCCUAAUAACUUCAUAAUGAAAAUGAUCGCCGACUCUGUAUGUGGAGGCUUGAAAGUGGAAGCUGACCUGUGCGACAACAUCCUCUUUCUCAUUGCUGGACCUGAAAGUCAUCAAAUGAAUGCGACCCGAACUCCUGUUUAUUUGUCUCACACACCUGCAGACACGUCGUCGAUGAACAUUAUGCAUUGGCUACAAAUGGUCAAGAGAGGUACGGUAGCGAUGUAUGAUUAUGGAACGAAAGAGAACAAGAAGAAGUAUGGACAGGCUGAACCUCCCGAGUACGAUUUCACCAAAAUCCAGAACCCUAUCUAUGUUUACAGUGGGGAUGAAGAUUGGCUUGCUGAUCCAAAUGACGUCUCUGGCUAUCUGAUGCCGAGGAUCUCUCAUACAGUCGUUCAAAACACCGAACUUCACGAUUACAAUCAUUUGGACUUCAUUUGGGGAUUGCGAGCAGCUGCCGAUAUCUACACUCCCAUCAUAAACAUAAUAAAGCAGGACCUCAGCUAG